GGGGAGACCACCGUGGCAACAUGGCGCUGCGCACAGCCGGGAGUUUUCAAGCCGCUUGGUUCCUGCUGCUGGCGCUGUUACCCCUGUGCCUCCGGGCAGCAAAGAUAUCUCCGCUGAUUGAGAAAAUUGAUGACCAAAAAGAACUGAAGAAAUUGACACGGACAAGAAACAAUGUGUUGAUCCUGUUCUCCAAAUCAGAUGCCGCAGCUGAGCGACCACUUAAACUGCUCUCUGACGUGGCGGAAGCCGUGAAAGGGCAGGGCACCAUUGCCUGGGUAGACUGUGGAAACAGCGAUUCCAGGAAGUUAUGCAAGAAGGUGAAGGUGGAUCCGGCUUCAAAGAAAAAUGGCGUAGAAAUGUUGCAUUACAAGGAUGGCGGAUUCCAUGUGGAGUACGGGAGGCCUGAAACUUUCAAGUCAAUGGUGGCGUUCAUGAAGGAUCCUGAUGGAGCUCCCCUGUGGGAAGAGAAGCCCGAGGCGAAGGAUGUGGUUCACAUUGACAGUGACAAGGAAUUCAGGAAAUUAACAAAGAAGGAAGAGCGGCCAAUGCUCAUGAUGUUCUAUGCUCCAUGGUGUGGGGUGUGCAAGCGGAUGAUGCCAGCCUUUGAGCAAGCUGCCACACAGAUGAAGGGCGCCUAUGUAAUGGUCGGAAUGAAUGUCCACCCUUCCGAAUUUGAUGAACUCAAACAGGAGUUUGACGUUAAAGGAUACCCAACUUUCUGUUACUUUGAGAAGGGGAAGUUCCUAUUUAAUUUUGAAAACUACGGAGCCACAGCCCAAGACUUUGUCGAAUGGAUGGAAAAACCCCAGGCCCCACAACCAAAGGCCUCUGAGGUUUCGUGGGCAGAGCAAGACUCCGCGGUGUACCAUUUGACAGACGAUGGCUUCGAUGAGUUCCUGGGAGAACAUUCAUCAGCACUUGUCAUGUUUUACGCACCCUGGUGUGGCCAUUGUAAGAAGAUGAAGCCAGACUAUGAAGAAGCUGCUGAACUGCUAAAUAGUGACAGCAAUAGCCCAGGUGUGUUGGCGGCAGUGGAUGUAACAACUCACAAGAACGUGGGGGAAAGGUAUCAAAUCACUGGAUUCCCAACACUCAAGUACUUUGAAAAUACAGAAGAGAAGUGGACACUGCCCCAUCUGCGGACCAAAGACAAAAUCAUCGAGUGGCUCCACAACCCUCAAGCUCCUCCACCGCCCGAACAGUCCUGGGAUGAACAGCAGACCAGUGUCGCCCAUCUUGGUGUGGAAGAUUUUAAAGAAUUCCUCAAGAAAAAGAAGCAAGCUUUGGUCAUGUUCUACGCCCCUUGGUGUCCUCACUGUAAGAACACCAUCCCGCAUUUCACAACAGCUGCCGACCACUUUAAAGAGGAACGCAAGGUUGCCUUUGCUGCAGUGGACUGCACGAAGGGAGGGAACCAUGAGCUGUGCAAGCUGGAGGCCGUGGAGGGCUAUCCCAUGAUCAGUUACUACAACUACGGCAAGUUCACCGAGAGAUACAGCGAGGAACGAUCGGAGGAAGGCUUCAUCGGUUACGUCCGGCGAAUGAAGGGGCAGGACCACGAGAGGACUGUGAAGACCAGGGAAGAGUUGUAACCCUCCUGCCCUCGCCAGCUACCGCACCGUGGCACAGCCCCGUCUCCAUCACUACCCGUACUGAAACGUCACACUUCCCGAGGGCCAAGGGUUUUUUUUAAAUAAUGAAGAGUAAGCAAUUUAUCCAAAAAAAAAUGAUCACGGUGGAUCAUCUGCGGUUCUUUUCUUUUUGUUUGUGUCUAGUGACCGACUGGUGUGAGUGUGCCCUGUGCCAACAUCACCAACGCCAGACUUCUCGCCCCCGCUCUCUGCCACAUCCUAGCUAGAGGACACUUUUUGUCAGAAGAUAUUGGGUCAAUGAAUGCAGGAGAAAGCCAUUCCUUCAAACAGUUUGAAGAUGCACGCGUACAAGAUGCUCUAGUAGGCUAAGAUAUUCAUCUGCUUUAUUAAACUCAGCUAGGAUGGGCCUUUCCUUGGACACCAACAGGGGGGCAUCAACAGCUGGACUGCACCAGUCGAUGCCUACCAUCAGUUGUUCUAUGCAAGUGUUUUUGUAGCUGUGGGUUUUUCUACACAAGGUCCAUCCAUUCGGGUGAGGUUGCAUAAGGCGGCGGGGUUUUUUUUUCCAACUUUUGGGUGGGGGGUGGUUUGGGAGGGGUUUGCAAUCGGUUACAAGUUUUAAUCAAACUGCUCAGGGACGACACAAGACAGGUCCAGAUGCGGCGCGUUCGAUGGGAUUACGUUUGAGCUUCGUGAUUACCUGUGGCUUUGGGUUCUCUUUAAUUCCAAAUUGAAACAAAAAAUGGAGAAUUACCUGUACGAUUUCAGCCUUUGGCUACCGGUCCAUUAAUGACCAAAUAUUUUUGGAUUGCAUGCUGACAAAUGGAAAAUUUAACCAAUCAAAGAAUUCUAAUAAAGUGCGAUUUUUGUGUUUUAUUUA